AUGACGUGUUGUAUUGUAGCAGUGGAUGGAAAGAAGGUUGGGAAUGAAGAUUCUCGGGGAUGUCGUUCUUACAAGGAUGAAAACUUGGAGUUAGCGGAGUGCAAGGCAAUUAUAGGGGAUAAAGUGCCAGAAAAGGUAUCUGACUUGCGCCCAAUCGCGCUUUGUAAUGUCGUGUACAAAGUUUUGGCCAUGAUGUUGGCCAACAGGCUCAAGGACUUGUUGGGUCAUGUUGUGUCGCAGUCUCAAAGUGCUUUUGUUCCUGAGAGAUUAUUGACUGAUAAUAUCAUAGUGGCUGGGGAAGUGGGGCAUUAUCUGUGUAGAAAAGUGAGCGGAGAUUUGGGAUGGGUUGCGCUGAAGCUAGAUAUGGCUAAGGCGUAUGAUAGAAUGGAGUGGGGUUUUCUGGAGGGGAUCAUGGAGGCGGUGGGGUCUGUUUGUCCCACUUGGGGCAUCCGUCAAGGGGACCCUUUAUCCCCAUAUUUGUUCAUUCUGUGUGCCAAGGCAUUGUCUAUACUCUUACAACAGGCAGAGGCUAGUGGUGAUAUUCAUGGGGUGAAGGUGGCACGAGGUUCUCCUGCUGUCACCCAUCUAUUUUUUGCUAACGGCAGUUUGUGGUUUUUUACGGCAAACCAACGAGAAGCCUUUAAAAUCAAGGAGUGUUUGGACGGGUAUUGUGAGGCUUCGGGCCAGUUAAUAAACUUUGAAAAAUCCAAUAUCGUGUUCAGCACCAAUACUGCAGCAUCUAUGAGAGGUUUGCUCGAGUCUGUGACACUAUCAAAAAGAUGUUCAAUCGGCAUUGGUGGGGAGGAGGCGGUACAAGUAGUCGGGGGAUACAUUGGCUCAGCUAGAGUCGUUUAUGUGAACCAAAGGCAAAGGGUGGACUGGGAUUUAAAAGUCUUCACGAGUUUAACUUGGCGUUGCUUGCAAAGCAGGGAAGUUUUGAAACGAGGCUUGGCACGGAGAAUAGGUGAUGGCCUGGAUACUAAAAUUUGGGGUUGGAGCUGGCUGUCCAGUCCGUCCAGCACAGUCCUAAAUACAUUGUGCAUUGACGAACUCAAGGAGGCUAGAGUCAGUGGUCUGAUGGACGAGCAAGGUGACUGGGACGUGGACGUGGUAAAUGACCUAUUCCAGGAAGAUGAUGUGUGCAAAAGCCUUUCGACUCCCAUAAACAAAGCCUUCAAGGACUCUUGGACGUGGGUAGGCGAUAUACGAGGUUGUUAUACGGUGAAACACGGGUACCGUUUGUUCACUGAUCACCCAGCAGUUUCAUUCUCUCAGUACGGCUUUCAUUCGUGGAAUCAUUUGUGGUCACUUCCGGUGCCUCCCAAAGUGAAAAAUCUCCUUUGGCGUGGCGCCCGUGGUGUUCUGUCGGUCCGCUAA